AUUUAUAAAGCAUCUUUUUCGAGCUUAUAAAAGUCACAGAUAGAAUUUGGUUUGAAAACUCAAAUUUAUUAUUUUUACGCGUCUUUAAAAGGUUAGUCUGAUAUUAGAAUAAAUUCCUCGAUUUAAAUAAAUUCAGAAUUUAAAAUUUCAUUCUCUAAUUUAUAAUAAAAAAGAAAAAAAAAAAUCUUUGUUUUAUUUUAACACCGAAUCCUUAACAACGAAGACUUUUAAAAUAGAGACAUCUUCCGGCAAACAAUUUCUAGCAAAUUUCUGUUGCAUGACAUUUGGAAAAAUAAAAUAAAAAAAUCAGAGUAAGAAAUGGUAAAACAAUUAGCGUGGCAGCCGCCAUGAUUAUCAUAUAAAUAUUUUGUGUGUGUCUAAUAGUAUUACCUUAUCCAACCAUACAUAAGUAACUUGAAAAUUUAUUUAUUAUGCAUUUUUCUCUUCAUCUCUUCAACAAAUCCUUAUGGGCCAAACCAAGAAACUAAGAAUUCUCAUUUCCUUUCUCAAGGACAAGACUUCUCUGAUUAAAACAACCCUAUCAACUAAACGCCACUCCAGAAUACACAUCGCCGUCCUCCGUGCCACCACACACGACUCCUCCGCACCGCCGUCCGAUCACCGCAUCGCCGCUGUCUUAUCCCUCAGACACAUCACUAGCCAUGAUGCUGCAUCUACAUGCAUUGAAGCUCUUAUGGAUAGACUGCACAGCACAAAGAAUGCUUUCGUUGCCCUAAAGUGCCUCUUUAUAAUGCAUAUUAUUAUUACAAAAGGCUCUUUUAUUCUCAAAGAUCAGCUCUCUAUUUACCCUUCUUUUGGAGGAAGAAAUUUUCUUAACCUAUCAAUGUUUCGCGAUGAAUUAGAUUCUGAAAGGUGGGACUUGUCUUCUUGGGUUAGAUGGUAUGCAGCUAUUGUAGAGCAACUUUUAGCUGUUUCAAGAUUUCUUGGAAGUCCUUGUUUGUCUACUGUAAACAACAAAGACAAAGAAAAGAAAGUUUCGACAUUAUUGAGCAGGGAUUUAUUAUCAGAAAUACACGUUCUACUAGAUUUUGUUGAAGUAAUCAGUCAGGUACCCGAAUCUUUGCAUCUUCAAAGGAACAAUUUGAUUUAUGAGAUAGUUAGAUUGGCUUCUGAUGAUUAUAGGUCAGUUCAACAUGAAAUCAUUUUCCGAGUCAAGGAACUCGGGGAAAGAAUUCCAAGGUCGAGUUACAGUGAGUUGACUCAGAUUCUGGGUUACUUGAAAAGAUUCGAGAGUUUCAAAGAAAGAUUAUGUUUGUUGUUUGUAAAUAGGAAUAGGAAUGAUGCAUUAUGGGAGUUGGUAUGUGAGAUAAAGAUGAAGACAGAAGAAAUGAUUAAGGAAAAGGGAGAGAUAAAGUUGCUGAAAAUGGACGGCACGAACGAUUCAAGCCGGUGGACUCGGUUUGGAGAAGAAGGGUUUGCCGUGGUGGAUGGUGGUCAUUGGACCAGGUUUUCUUAGCCGUUUGUGCAAUUAUGUAAAGGUGCUAAUUCUGACUAAUUCUCCCAACUUAUGACUUUAAUUAUACUUGUGUUUCUUUUGUUUGAAAAUUGAAUAAAGAUUAUAUUUUACUUUUCGUUUUUCA